AUAUCAGAUUUCUAUUUAGGUGAACAUCGACUGAUUCCAUUUGAAUUGAAAAAUACGGGCCAAACAGAUUUUUCACUUUCUUUAACAUCAACAAAUCUUGAUUGGAAAUGUGAAAAUGCAAAUCUUCAGAUAAAUCAACUCAAAACAAUUGAAAUUCCAAUAAAAAUCUCACAACAAAAUCGAUCAACAUUCAAUGUCAACAUUCAAUUUAUCAAUAAUAAACGGCGUUUUCAAUUUCAAAUUAUCUGUGAAACAUCGAUACCUCGACUUGAACUACCUACAAUGAUUAAGAAAACAAUUGAAAUAAGUCAAUCAGCUCAUCUACUAAGUUUAUAUGAUUCAGAUACAAAAUCUUUAAAGUCAAUUUUAUUCGAAGAAACAUUUAAAAAUGAAGGAAAAGCA